AUGGUUCCACUUCCUAAUCCUAUCUUGUCGCUAACCUCAAAGCUGACUGCCACUCUCUUUUUUUUCUUCUUAUUUCUUCCAUUCACCCUCUUUACUUUCAUUUGUAUCUCUCUUCCCUUCCUUCUACUCUUACCCAUAUUGUGCCUCUUCUCUCUCCCUUUGGUUCUUUCUCAGUUCUUGUUUCGACUGUUCAUCAAACCUCUGGGAAUGAUUUUUAAAGGCAUGUCCAUGGUGGUUUGUGGGUCAAGAACUCAUCAGAAAGCUGAUGGGGACCUUGAGAAUAAACAAGAGAGCUUGGAAUUAGAUCUCUCGGACUUUCCCUCUGUGGAUGAAUCUGGUCAUGAAGAUGAAGAUGAAGAAAUUAUGAGGGAGGUCAGAAGACAUACAUUUGUCCAGCAUGAGGAUUCGAGGCAAAUUCAGUUCUAUGAGGCACUGUCGUUUUGGAAAAGAAGAGAAAGAGAAGAGAUUUAA